UUUCGACCAUUCAGUGAGGUGUUUGACUACGGUGAAAACACAACUACAUAUCUUCCCGCUCCUGCUGCUUACAUUCGUGCAAAUAACUAUAUAUAUAACACAGUGGAAAAGGAAGUGUUUUUAAAGAGAGUUGUGAGGUGGAGGAACAUAGCCAGCAGAGGUCCUGGAGGAUGGCGGGAGGAACAUCGUUGUGUCUACUUGUGUCACCACGACAUGGCUGAUUGCCUCCAAACUGUACUUUUGGUUUAAUUAUUGUUUGUAACAAGCUCAGUGUGAUAGUGAUACCAUUGUGAGUUAUCUUCUUGUUCUGUGACAUCCUAAGAAUAAAAACAAAAACUCGGUGAGUGGAGUUAAGAACCCACUGUAGCGCAGGUGUUUAUAAAGAGUGGGGACUGUGGCCGAGUACGAGUGUGGAGAUGCUGUGGUGAGGGUGGCGGGUGAGAGCAGCAGGCAUGAGGUCGGGCGCACCCUGACCCGUGCCCCCCAAGCCGUGCCCCCAGAGCCAACCAUGGGCCAGGGGGCCAGCUACCACCACCACCAGCACCAUCCACACCAACAGCAGGCAUCACACUGGGCCAUGGAUUCCACGCCAGACCCCACACACAGUCCCCACCAGGUGCGGCAGCGGGUGCAGCACCAGCAGCAGCAGCGAGAAAUGAAAGAACUGCAGCUGGAUAGGGAACAUCAUGAGAGACAGUUGCAGCAGCAGCAGGAGGUAGCUGGCCUCAGUACUGGUUGUUGUGGCUCUGGCACCUCAUGUAGUUGUGGAGGCGGUCUGUCGUCCACAGCUGCAAUUUAUGGUACUACAUCUGCUCCUGACCCUGCUCCUCAUGCGGUCGUUGUGACGCCCCCUCGCAGCCUUCCCCACCACCACCACCACCACCAUCAUCACCAGCAGCAGCAGCCAGAGUCACCCAUUGCCACCAAUGCCACUGGUUUGGGCAGUAGCAGCAGGUGUAGUGGGUCAGGUGGAACUUGUAGCAGCAGCAGUAAUGGGUGUGGUCACUGGUGUUCUUCGUGCAGGGUUCGUGUCCAAUUAGAAGUGGAAUGUGUUGGGGGGAUGGAGGCACGGCCCUCACCCCCGAGGGGUGGUCGCCUUCGUACCUUGGCCUUCCCAAAGAGGCACCGACACAAGACUAAGACUCCCACCAGAGACAUCCCACCACAACCCAAGAAGAAGAAAACACCCUGGACUUUCAGAUUAAACUGUAGGUUACGGCCUUCAAAAUCUGAGCCAGAGCCUGAUGCUAGCUCUAGUGUAGGCUGUGGGGCGUGCAUGUGUCCAAGCCUGCGGCGGCCAGAGCCAGACCUGCACACCCAUCACCAUCAUCACCACACUGUUGCUGGACUUCCCUCUGCACAAGAUGUACCCACAGUAUCAAGUGUAGGGGCAGGCAUGGCAGCCAGCCCUGGUGGUGCAGUGGCUCUAAGGGCUCCUGUCAUUGACCUCUCGAGGUUUAACCCAGAAGCUUAUCCAAUUGAGGACUGGGAGGAGCGUGCACGACAAGAGAGGGCACGGGAGAUGGCAGAGGGUGUAGAGCCGCCUCCAGGAUUUACCAGUGCACCAGGAUCACUUGGACUCCCUCCAGCACACCACAGCCUCACACCUGCACAUCAUGCUCUCACACAUCUGCAGUUACAGCAUCAGCACCAGCUGCAGCUUCAGCAGGCAGGUGCAGUAACAACUUUGCCCUUACCUUACAACUCAAUGCUGGACCUUCAGUUACUUCUGGAGCGGUCUCUUCGCUUGGGUCUGGCAGGUCCCCGCUCUGUUGCAGCCUCGCUCACGGAGGAGACACUGUUGCAGCAAGUUGGUCGACUUGCUGGGGAGGGCUCAUUAUUGCAGCGUACAGUACACACACAAGUGGACUACAUUCAUUGUCUUGUACCUGAUCUUCUCAGUAUAACUAAUUGUGUGUUCUACUGGGGUAAAAUGGACCGGUACGAGGCCGAGCGCCUCCUUGACAACCGUCCGGAAGGAACCUUCCUGCUCCGGGACUCUGCACAAGAAGAAUACCUCUUUUCUGUAUCCUUCAGAAGAUAUGGCCGUUCCCUUCAUGCUCGCAUUGAACAGUGGAACCAUAAGUUUAGCUUUGAUUCACAUGAUCCCGGUGUGUUUGCAUCUGACACUGUGUGUGGCUUGAUAGAGCAUUACAAGGAUCCAUCAUGUUGUAUGUUUUUUGAACCAAUGCUGACCAACCCACUUGCCCGUACGUUCCCAUUCCCACUGCAGCACCUGUGUCGUGCUGUCAUAUGCUCCACCACCACCUACGAUGGUAUCAAUAAUCUGCGCCUCCCCAAGCCACUCAACAACUACCUCAAAGAGUACCACUACAAGCAGCGAGUCAGAGUACGCCGUCUCGACCAUUAGCAGCGGUGACUCGCUCACUACCUUGAGAGGUGUAGCACAUGAAGCAGGUCAGUUAGUGGUGCCACCUAUACAGUACUACCUUUUACAGCAGAUGAAGGGGACACAUACCACAGAGGCAUCAGAGUCACAACAGCCAUGUCUUUACCAGUGUAAGAUACAGACAGUGCCAGUGGGGUUACUAGCGUGUGACUCCUGGGGCAGCCAUUGAGGCUUAAGAGGGGGAUUACCUUCCAGGGAGGUGAGGUUAGUGCCCUGUAUCAAGAAAGAUUUCCUUGUGUAGAUCAUUGCCCUACUCCAUUGGGUAUUCAUCUUAGUCCCUCAUGUUAUGUCAGGUUGCCUUCUUCCCAGCUAUAAUGGUGCUGCAGGACAUCCCCCUCCCUCCUCUCACCCCCACCUUCCUUACACACAUCCAGUGUUUCCAGAACAGAAUUAUAAGUGAAUAUGUGUGUUUAUACUCAGCUGCCUCUGGAUCCAGCUACUGGAAUGCCUAGAUACGCUUAAUACUUUGUACUCAACUUACACACGCAGUCCUUCCCUUCCUGUCAAGAGAUAUAGAUGUAUGCAUGUUGGGGGAUGUGUGUGAGAGAGAUUGGGCAUGUUGUAACCUUGAUAAUCAAAGGCUCAGAUUGAAUGAUCCGUAUGCCAUGGUUUAACAACAGUUUCUCUCUUAUCCUAUUAUCCCUGCCAUUGUUAUCUGUGAAUUACCAUAUACCUGUUCUGUAGUUGUUAGGGAGAGAGAGAGAGAGAGAGCUGGGGUUCCCUCAAGGUCGCUACACUGGUUACUAUUUUGUUUAGAGACGAAAAUAAAUGGAUUAUUUGAUAGGUGCUCCUGAAAGCACAGUCCUUUUCCACUGCGACAUUUUGCCUGUUCAAAAAUGAAAUACAGUAUGUUCUUUUAUUUUUUUGACAAUGCCCAACUCAUGUUAAGUUCCACGAAAAUCACAAAAAAAAUGUAUGCACAGACACACACAUCAAAAGCAGCCAGUGGUUAGAUAUAAGAUUGUAAAUUUCCAGUGAGAGUACGAAAAACAGAUCCUUUAAUUGUAAGAAGCAAUUGUUAAGUUAUCUGUACCACUCGAGAAGAUUGGUAGAGUUUGUUUUGUUUUGACGUGCAGACCUAGAUGGGGCCUGGCAUGUAGGGUUGAAGUACAAGUUGAGGUGAUGUGGAUGUUACCUCAUAUACUACCUGUUGCUUCCUGGCAGUGUUCUGUUUUUUAUAUGUUAGUCAGGAGUGUAAGGGAGAUGGCACUGUAUAGGUCUGGAGUGUUAUCAUUGUUGUGUGAGUGGUGUGGAUACAUGUGGUGGGGUGGAUGUUUUCUGAGUGGUGUACCUGUGUGUGAAUGUUUACUUCAUUUGUGUGUGACUUUACAAUUGGUAUUUUAUCAGUAAAUUAUUAUAUAGAUUUCUUUUUUGCAUUUGUCAUAUACAGUAUAUACAGUAUAUUCAGGAGCAAGUAUGAAUGUUAAAGAGUGGUGGUUAGAACAAUAGGGUGCAAUAUAAUGGCUCCUGGUGUUCACAUAUAUAUUGUUGGGAAGUUUCUUUUAUUUUUUGAACAAAAUGUUAAGGUUAAUCUUGCAACAAACAAAAAGGAAUGUUUAAACCCACGUGUUUAUUUUUUCCUCCGUAUUAUAAAUCUUGGUUAGGAUUUUUGUUGUUGGAGCUUAUUGUAUUUAAUAGCUAAAAUAUACAAUAACAUAGGAUGCAUUUUAAGGACUAGUUAUAGAUUCUGAAAUGGUUUUAGAUUCUGCACCCUUGGAGUUGGUACUGGUGCAGGUAUCAUCUGUGUUCUCAAUUGUGUUUAUUGUAAUACUAUGGUCACAUUGCAACUGGAGAUUAUAUUUAAAAAGUAUUAGCUUACUUGUUGAAGGUUGUUAGUGCCAGCUGAAGAGAAAGGAAUGCGAGUAACUUUAGGGUAACUUUAUUGUCGUGAUUCACAAGGCUGAUGUGUGUCUCAGACGGGCAACAUGAGCGGACCGUGUCACCAAGACUUACGGGAUGGUAAGUCUCUAUGGAUGAAUGUUCGGUGUGUUGUUGCAUCAUGUUACACUAUAUCACGUGUUGUGCAUAUUUAAAAACGUGGUGGAUCUGUAACUUGUUUCAAUAGACUGUGUGGAGGUGGAGUGUUGUUAAUCUUAGUAUCUUUUGUGUAUUACUGGUCACAGUUAAUAUAGAAACAGGGUAAUAGGGAAGUGUGUUUUCAUGAUCAAAUUGUGCAGCAGCCAACCACCCACCCACCCAAUGUCAGGAGGAGUGGCCAUCACGGUGGUCCUAGCACAGGGGCUGCCUUCUUUGCUCACCUUCCAGUGAAAUGUGUACAGUACUGUAUUAGUUUAUGUGUACAGCAUCACCAUCAAGUAAGUGAUGUUAGUAAUUUAUCAGCAUGCAGUCUGUCAGUUAUGUAAGUGGACAGCAUCAGUAAUAUGUAAAUUAUUUAUGAAUAUAUGAGUAUGGAUCGUCAUGGUCUGGUUGAUGAGUGUAAUAGCCUCUGAUAAAUGUAUUAGUUUGAGUUUCUUAACAGCAUCAUCCUGGAGAUGAUUGUAGCUCAAUGGUAUACUGUACUGUACAGCUAACAUGCUGUAAGUUGUGUACUGUACACUUAUUUUCAUAACUUUGGAGAGGUGAGCUGGAAGUUAUCAACAUCAAUUAGACCUUAUUAAAGGUCACUCGUUGCAAGUUUUGCUUGUUACUGGAUGUGCUGGCCACGUAUCCCUGGGUGGUGGUUCUGUAUACAGGGUGUCUCAAAAAUGUAUACACACACUACUUUACAGGUUUUCAUGGAAAACUCUUAGGCACUGUGUAUACAUUUUUCUGAGACACCCUGUAUAAUUGUCUGCUGAGUUGAGUUGCCAAUGAUACAGUAUAUUAAAUGUUUCUUCAACCAGGAAAAGUAUUAUUUUUCUCAUAUAUGUUACGUAUAUAUUUUUGUAUUUCAUUUCCUGUGCCAUUGAACCCUGUGACUUAAUUACACUGUCUGUCAUCACUCCAAAGCGUAUCUGGGAAAAAAAUAAAAAAGACAUCACUUACCAUUGUUAUUAUUACAGAGAGUGUCUUUUGAAUGUUAUAAUACUACUCCUGCUGCAAGUUCAUGUGAUGGAAUGCCUUCGUUGCCGUUACCAGUGAUUAGGCUAUGGUCUUCUUUAACAGGUUUUUACAUGUUGUGGCCUCUUUGUCACUGCCUGCCCCCUCCUCACUUAUCUCUCCAUGUUUCCCUCUUCUUUAUCUCCUUACCGUGGUUUUUCGCUCAUUAUUCUUCCGAUUCCUCGUCCAGUCUUUAUUCUGUUGCUCCUAUUCUAAACCAUUCUUGUGCUUGCUUUCCUCUCAUUCUUCUCUAUCUGUCUCUUCCUGUAAUCAUUUUCCUUCCUGUCAUUAUUUUCAUUCAUCUGUCUGUCUUCACUUAAUCAUUCUCCUUCCUCUGUCAUUCUUUUCCCUUCAUUCUUUUGGCCUCAUAGGUAACUGCUAAUUCUGUUGUGUUUAAUGGGGGUUCUUAAAAUCCUUUGUAGGCAUUAGAUUGAUUGUUGCAGGUCAGUUCUACACUUCGUUUCUGCGAGUUAAUUUGGUCCAGGGUGUUGACGAUAUCUCUUGUCGUUGAUGGUAAUGGAAUAUUGGCCAGGGUUUUAAGUUAUUUUUGCCAUUGAUGAUGAUGGUAUUGGCCAAGGUGUUAAGGUAGCUUUUGCCAUUGAUAAUAACAAUAUUGGCCUGGGUGUUAAGUUACCAACUGCCUCUAAUGAUAAUAUAAUAAUGAGUCGGUAUCAUGGCCCAGUUUACAUUGGUAUUCCACUACAGAAAAUGUCAGUAUUAUAUCUAUUUAGAAAUUUGAUCAUCUGACAGGAUCACUGAAUGACCUUUGUUUCUUGCUGAUAAUGACUUGGACGUCAUGUAUAUUUUUAAGAAUGGUCUUAAGAUUGCUUCUCCUCUCCGUUUCUUUCCUCUGACUCGGUACAGUACAGGAUGUGAAAGGCUUGUACUGCACCACAAUGACAAAUUCUCGGGAUGAAUCACCCAUGACAAGUACCGGUAUAGAGAACAAGAAUCAGUGACAUUAUUAGACCGUAGUGUAUCUAUUUCUCUUUAUCUCCAGUGAUUAAUUAGUGUUACCUCAGAGAUGUUGUUUAGUAUUUGAUAUUCAGGAAAGACUUUUAUUUUUUCUUUGUGUGUGUCUGUAUGUCUGUCUCUGGUCAGUAAAUUCUGUCGGAAGUUGUUAGUAUUUUGUUUUGUGGUGCUCGUGUUUAACUCAUUUGCUGUUGAGAUCAUAUGAGGUUAUACAGUAUGCAAGGUGUCUCAUAGGUUGCACUCCAUGGGAAAAUUAAUGUGUGUUGGUAGAUCAAGUUCCUUUUGCAUCUGGUUUUCCGUUCAUGAGCAUUAAAACUCUACCGCCAUAUUCAUCGAGUUAGGAUUCCCUCACCCGAAGGAGGAAAAAGGAAAUGACUAAAUUUUCUCUAUGAUAUGCGAGCUAUGUGCGAGACAAUACGGUAGAGUAAUCCUUGCCCACCGCAACUUGUAACCCAUAAGUUGACACCUCUUAGCAUUCUGCAGUUAUGACUUUUGCUCUGCAUUUUCUAAACCCUCAAAAAUAUGGUUUCACUUCAAUAGUUUAUCCAAGAAUCCCAACUAAAAUUUAUGGGAAAUAUAAUAAGGUACAUUUUGACAGCAGUAUGGGUGUAAGGUCUGAAGUUUAAAUGAUUUGCUUGUAAAAUUUAAAGCGUUUUAAGUUUUAAAUAAGUUCAGACAAUAUUACGUUUGAUGAAUUCAAAUGUUGUAAUUGUUCCCAUUAAGAUUAUACAUGGGACAUUUUUCCCUCUUGUUACUUAUCACGUGUCUUUAAAUUAGUUUAUUGAGUUUGUAUUACGCAGAAGACGUCAACUAGUGGAUACGUGUUGGCUGUGUACCUUCCUCAUCAGCUCUGCUUUUCCUUGUUUUGUGUUUAUACAAAUAGCAUAAAGGUAGUGGAAUUUACCCAGAAGAGUUAUUGUGUAAAGGUACAGUACAGUACAGCAAGCAUGUAGUAAAGGCCUAAUAUUGUACUAUUACUUUAAAGCUAUGUCUGAGAGUGUCUAUGGGAGGACCAGAAACAGUGUGGUUAAGAUUGUGAGUGUUUCAUCUCAAUAUUGUACAAACAGAUGGUAGCUACUGACAGUUCUACUUGUCUGUUGUAAUUUGUGGACUAUGGGACAAUUAUAUUUAUCUUUGAUGUUUAUGUUCACGUGUUUAUAAUGAACGAUGUGAAUAUCUUCUUUAUUGUUCAUAAUGAGCAAAAAACUGAUGUUCCUUAGGUUGCUUACAUAAUGAUAUCAGUGUGUAUGUGUGUGACUUUAGAAUGGCAGUGUGUGUGUGUAGGGGAAGGGAUGGGGGGGGGGGAGUAGAACAUGUGGAUGGAUUGGUAUCCCUGUAAAUAUUUUGAACAAAGCAUACAUGGAACUUUAAACAUUUGUAUUGUCUUCAUGCUUCGAGUGAUCCAAGUUGGAGCUGUAGGUUCUAUUACAUGCUUAGGGAGAACGGCCCUAUGUCGUAGAAGUAUUUAUGUGCCACCUUUAAAAGAACUUCUGGAAGCUCUUCCGAUGAAUUAUUUGUUGGCCGGCCGGUGCCGCAUGUUGGACACCGCCACCAUGUCCGAUGUACAUAUGACAGUUACUCUGAAGUUGUAAUUCUUUGCCAAAAUGUGCUAUCUUAGUUGGUUAAACUAAGGUGUACAGAGGAAUGGAUAAGGUGUUCUCCUUAUUUUCUAAUGUGUAUAAACCCGUGUAUGUUCUCUUGGCCUCCUUUGGAAGGCCUUCAAUAAAAUAUCUUUGGUAUUA